AUGAUUACCUGGCGUUCCCUAGCCCGCACCUUCCAGAAACAUGGCUCCCUCAAAAUACAAGUCCGACGACUGAGCCUACUUGAACACCAUUCGCACCAACUCCUGAAAGACUUCAACCUCCCAGUCCCGAAAGGAUAUCUAGUCACAACUCCCGAGGAAGCCGAAGAUGUCGUCUUCAACAUCAAUGCACCGUCCGUAAUAAAAGCACAAAUCCUAGCCGGCGGUCGCGGCAAAGGAACCUUUGACAGUGACCAAAAAGGCGGCGUGCGCAUCGUGAACUCACCCCGCGAAGCCUACCAAGCAGCCCUCAACAUGCUCAACCACAACCUAACAACUCUACAAACCCCACCUGCCGGCCUGCCAGUCCACAAGCUCUACAUCUACAAAGCGGUAACCAUCUCGCACGAAUACUAUAUCGCAAUAACAUUUGACCGUCAGCGUAAUUCACCCAUUCUUCUAAUCUCGGACACAGGCGGCGUAAACAUCGAAUCCAGCGAUAAUCUACACAAACUGUUUUUCCAUCUGGAAACGGGUAUCACGCCCGAGAUUGACGCUUAUAUACAGGCAGAGCUUGGAUUCUCCGAUUCCGAGAUGGAGGAUAUCAAAGCGAUGUUGUGCGAUAUGGUCCGCUUGUUCAAGGAGAAGGACGCUACGCUCCUUGAGUUGAAUCCGCUUGUUAGGACGGGCGAGGGGUUUGUAUGUCUUGAUGCGAAGUUCGAGUUUGAUAAUUCGGCGCGGUUUAGACAGGCUGAUAUCUUUGAGCAGGGGGUUGAGGAGGGGACUAAACAGGAGGAAGAUGUGAAGAGAGCUGAGGAGCUAGGGCUGUCGUAUGUUCGACUUGAAGGAAAUAUUGGAAAUAUUGUUAAUGGGGCUGGGCUGGCGAUGGCGACUAAUGAUUUGAUCACGCUUGUUGGUGGACGAUGUGCCAACUUUUUGGAUGUUGGGGGCGGUGCUACUAAAGAAGGACUGAAGAAGGCUUUUGAGAUUUUAGGAGGCGAUGAGCGGGUGAAGGGAGUUUUGAUUAAUAUUUAUGGCGGCAUUGUGCGUUGCGAUAUGAUCGCCGAGUCGAUUGUUGCUGCUGCUAAAGAGAUUGGGGGAUUCAAGGUACCUGUUGUCGUUAGAUUGCAAGGCACUAAUUCUGAAAAGGGGUUGAAACUGAUCAAACAAUCGGGACUAGAAAAUCUGGUUGUGGAGGCUGAUUUUGAAAAGGCCGCGCGAAUGAUUGUUGAACGCACACCCAAAUUUGAAUGA